UGUAAUUACAGUGGAAUGAAUGGAUCCAGAAAUACUUGCCCGACUUAUACCACAGGGAAAGGAGACGGUACGCCCCGCAUGCAAGAAAUGUCGCUACGCAGGACAUUUGACGUAUCAGUGUAGAAAUUUUCUUAAGGUUGAUCCAAACAAGGAAAUUGUCCUCGACAUUAGUAGUACGAGUAGCGACAGUGCUGAUGAUAACUUGACACCGUUAACGGAAUUACGUGAGAAGGAACUAAAGAAAAAGCUGAAGAAAGCCAAGAAAAGUGCUAAGAAGAAAAAGAGGAAGAAAAAGAAAAUAAAGAAAAAAAUCGUAAGAACUGACACCGAUAGUGAAUCAGAAAGUGACAGUGAUAAGAAACACAAAAGACAUAAAAGAAAGAAGCAUAAAAAACAUAAGAAAUCGACGCACCCCUCAGAUGAUAGUGCAAAUGAAUCCGACUGAUUUACACCAUUAGCGUCGUGCAAACUGCCUUUGGCACUUAUCAACGCAGUGGAACAUGGUGUUAAAUUAUUUUUUUGUUCAGUUUGGUUGUUGCAUGCAACGCUUUCAUUUCGAAGAACCAGGUGUGUUUAGUUCACGAAUGAGAGACGAAAAACCUACACGAUUAGAUUACUAAUGAAUGAUGCAGAACUUGUGUGCAAAUUUUUUUAGGUUUU